AUGACGAGGUUGGUUUCCCACAAAUUCGUCAAUUCUACAGCUGAUCAUCAGCAUGGAAGGCUAAUAUUUACUUGCAUCUCCCUGCAGUACUCAGAAUUCAUUCUGAAUUCCCGCGGUCUGAAGCUCUUUACCUGCAGAUGGAUUCCAAGGGACGACCCGGUAGCUCUCGUAUUCCUCUGCCACGGUAAUCUACUCCCAUCUGGAGUCGUCUAUCAGUACGAAGAAUCAGCCCGAGCUUAUAGAGUCCUCUUUAAUCUUUAUGCAGGAUACUCCUUGGAGUGUAGCAUAUCAAUGAGAGGCAAGCUCACAUCAAUCUCGGAAUUAUAUCUUGAAACUUUUUGUUUAUUGGCACCGUCUUUCCGAAUGAUUGUCACAUAUCCAGAGAAUCAGUCGGUUGUGAGUUGGCCGAUACCGAUUCUUAAACAGUACCUGAUGAUGAUCCAGCAGUACCUUCCAGGGACAGCGACGCGCCUAGCGGAGGCAAGAUAUGCCGUCUACGGCAUCGACUACGAGGGCCAUGGGAAGUCCUCCGGGCUUAAAGGCUACAUUCCAAGCUUCGACAACAUCGUGAAGGACUGCAACGACUAUUUCAGUAGCGUAUGCGGUGAGGACGACGACGGUUCAAAGACGUUUCUGUUGUUAAUUGUAGCGUGGCUUCUCAUUCCCUCGCCGGUGAUCUUGUAGAAAGACCGGAAAACAAGACUAGGCAGAGGUUUCUCUUCGGCGAGUCCAUGGGCGGUGCUGUCGCUCUCCUCAUCCACAGGAAGAAACCAAUGUUCUGGCAUGGCGCCGUCCUAGUAGCACCCAUGUGCAAGGUUCUCUCCCACCUACCUGGUCUCUUUCUCUCACUAAAUUGUGCUGACUAAUCUUUGAUCCCCUUAGAUUUCGGACAAAAUGAAGCCGCCUGCAAUAUUCGUCAAUCUCUUGGGGACUGUGAGCAGAAUGUUUCCAACGUGGGGCGUGGUACCUACUCUGAACAUACUCAAGAACGCCAACAAGAACCCGGAGAGACGGGAGGAGGUAAGAACGCUCGAUACGAUCUGAUUUGAAAUGAUAUGACGACUAACACACCCUAGAUUUAUGAGAAUAUAAUCCUCUUCGCAUGGCUUCGGCAGCUGCUUCAAAACCCCUACUGUUACAAGGGCAGGCCCCGCCUGAAGACGGCCCACGAGCUCCUCUUGGCCAGCACAGACCUGGAGAAGAACCUCAACCAGGUAGCUCCGCUGGUCUCUCCCGUCUUCUCCACAAGAGCUUCCUUCCCGAUCGACGUCCGUCUCUUACAGGUCUCCCUGCCGUUCCUCCUCCUCCAUGGCGGCGACGACGUCAUCACCGACCCAAUGGUCAGCCAAGCGCUGUACGAGUCGGCGGCCAGCGCUGAUAAGACCUUCAAGCUGUACCCGGGGAUGUGGCACGCCCUCAUCUCCGGUGAGCCGCCGGAGAGCAUCGAGCUUGUCUUCUCCGACAUCAUUGCCUGGCUGACCGACCGGACGCGAAGCCGCGUGUCGAUAUCCGAUGUUUUGACCGAGAGUCAGCUCUUUGGGAGCUCCUCCUCCACCCUACCCUGA